GUCCAUUGAGUACAUUGUGAACCUUCUUCACAAUUGGUAGCAGAGGAUGGUUCUGAUGGACCCGAUUCACACCACAAUGCACUAAUUAAGCCAACGCAGGACAGGAGAAAGUUGUAACCCAGGCUUUUACCAGUGUUGGAAGGAAAAAGAAGCCUUUCCCUUUAAGGAUUGUUGGAAGGCAGAGCUUUUCCCUUCUUGAAUUCAAAACUCCCGCUGGGAGGAGGUCAGCUGCUUGAGAGCAGAAUUAGUUUAUUGUUUAUAGGAAGGCAGGCAAGAAACAAAUACAAGCACAGCGUUCCGAGGCUAGCCUGUUUGAACUGAGCAAACAAGUUCCAACGUGAAUCGAUGGAAGCACAAGCCAGGAUGGAGGACUUCAAGCAAGGAGAGCGAAGAGGCUGUGAGUUUUGAAACAGAUACCCCAGCUCUCGAGAUGCACGCUGCUGAAGGUGAUUUCCCCCCGCUUGGAGGAACAGAAGGUGGACGAGUGUCUCCCGUGGCAUUGAAUGCGAGACCAAUGGGAGAAGAUGAGGUGAGGUCAAUCAUACUUCGAACCCUCGGUCUCCCAACAUCGUGUGAAAAUCCGGUGGUUGAUCUCAGUAUUUUGAUGCAAGCAGCAACUACGCUGGUGACGGCAAGGGACAGGAUUGAAACCCAGGAUAACGCCAGACCGGUAAGGGAUAUUCAAUCUUCCCCCGUAACCCCCCUUGCUGGUUGCAGACCCAAAGUAACAAACAAUAGGCUGCCUUCUUUCAAUUUCCCGCCAAAUGUUGUGGCACCAUCUACUGUCCAAACUGUUUUAAAUCAGCCAGCCGGAAGUUUUAUCCCUCCAACGACGGCAACACCAUCCUUAGUUCCAGCUGCGUCAGGAAUGUCACCAAUGCUGCCUGGGCUGUUUUCUACCCCAGCGACCAAUACGGUUCCGGCGGUCACAGUUUUGAAUACGAGAAGUCCACCUCCCGAAUCUGAGGUCGCGAGUGCAAUUGAAACGUUAACGGCGGUUUUUGGAACUGAUUUUCAGUUAUUCCUUGCUCAACGUGCAGCAGCGGCCAGUGUUAAUACGUCCUCGAUGUCCGCGACCCGCUCCUUACCUGUUGUAAAUGGGGCGGGUUCUCCCACGGCGCCUCCAUUUUCUGGGGCUAUCUCUGGGACUGCACCAACUGAGGUUGAGGCUCCAGGAGCACACCCAAGGUUUUCUGCGGAGGAGCAGCAGAGGAGACUUUUGCAUUCUGGAUUCCAGGCACGAGUGAACUCCGGGCCUAUGCAGCUGGGAAUCCCGACCUCACUCACUAGAGAGGAACAAUCAUCAAGUGAUCAAUCGGCAGAUUUUAAGCCAACCGCUGCAAUCCCUAUGCCUUAUUGUCAGUUUAAAAGUUUGCAGCAUCUUGGACAAUUUUCUACCUCCGCGCCCGCAAAUGCAAACGUUUUACCAUCUGGUUUUAAAACCUUGAAUAUCAGUGGGAAAAACUUAAACAAAUGGGUCAAAAACGUUCAACUGAUUUUAAUGAGGGAAGGCGUGUUAUCACUGUUACUCGAUCCCCCGCCAAAACCCUGGACUCUGGAAAUUGACUUGUUGCAUCACAAGGCGUUUUGUAUUUUGCUAUCGUCAAUUGAUCCUGCCUUGUAUCCCAGUAUUCCGCAUGGUUUAACCAUAGGUGAGGUUUGGCAGAAACUGAUUCAAUGGUUUUGCAAGAAUUCUAACGCAAGGCGUAGAAUCUCCAGGGAAUUUUAUUCUGCAAAACUGAAGGAAGGGGUGGAUAUGAGUGAGCAUCUUUGCGAGCUUAAUGAGAUAAGGGAAGAGUUAAUUCUAAGGGGGGAACAUGUGUCUGAGCGAAGUUUGAUCAGCAUCAUAAUUAAUUCUCUAGGCCCUAGCUGGGAUAACUUUAUUUCCCAAUUGGAUAGCAUCAGUUAUGAGACCCUGUCCCUGGAAGUUCUAUCUGAUAAAUUAAUUGCAGAAGACAAAUUAAGAAAGGAGAGGGCAGCUUCAGUCAUACCCCAAAGGUAUGAAGAUGUAUUCACCCUAUCUGAUCGAGAACAACAAAAUUGGCGUGCUGCGAUGGAUACCGAAUUGCAGAGUUUGAAAAAGUUAGAAGUAUUCACACCAACGGAAUUACCAAGGAACCAGAAGGUAAUUGGCACGAGAUGGAUUUUUAAGAAGAAACCUAUUGGCAAUGGACAGUUCAUUUACAAGGCGAGAUUAGUCACACAGGGUUUCUCACAAAGAUUCCCUGACAACUAUGUUGAUACCUUCUCGCCUACCGUGUGGCCUGAAAGUGUGAAGACCGCACUCACCAUAGCUGCCAUACAAGGGGAGAAUGUAUAUCAAUUUGACAUACAAACUGCUUAUUUACACGCCAAGUUGGAUCAGAAGAUGUAUGUCAGGGCUCCUCAAGGUGUAGAUCACCAGGAAAGUGGCAUUUGGCUUUUAAAUAAAAGCCUCUAUGGUUUUAAACAAUCUGGCAGGAGGUGGUACGAAGGUCUUACCAGUAGUUUAAACCAAAUGGGUUUUAAAAUCUCAUCAGCUGAUGAAUGCGUGUUCAUUAAAAACCACCAAGGUAUUAAGGAGACAGUUUUGGUUUACGUGGAUGAUAUUUUGUACGUCUGCAAGUGUGAGGAUAGAUGUAAAAUGUUUUCUAAGGAGUUAAGUAAGAAUUUUGCCCUAAAGCCCCUGGGCCGAAUUGCUAACUUUUUAGGGGUCCAAUUCGUAAAAACGGAGAAGGGGUACAAACUCUCUCAGCAGGAUAAGAUCACGGAAUUGAUAGAGAGAUGUAACAUGACAGAGGCCAGACCUUGUGACACGCCUAUGCAGACAGAUUUCCUCGAGAAUAUGUACGUUGAAAGUGAAGCUUUUGAACAAAAGACGCUUUAUAAAUCAGUGAUAGGAUCAUUGCUGUAUAUCGCAGGCUGGACAAGGCCAGAUAUUAGUCUGACCGUAAACGUUUUGUCCAGACAUUCUGAGAAUCCCACUCAGUAUCACUGGAGCGGAAUAAAAAGGGUUUUAAGGUAUUUAAAGAAAACUGUGAACUAUUCACUUUUAUUGGAGCCAGACGUAUCAGACAAACCAAGUUUAUGCUGCUAUUCGGAUGCCGAUUGGGCAGGGGACUUUAAGUCCAGAAAGAGUAUUUUGGGUUACGUUAUACUUUUGAACGGGAGCCCCAUCUAUUGGUACUCAGAUAAAGAGAAGUUAAUUGUUACUUCCACUGCCGAGGCAGAAUAUGUGUGUUUAUCCAAAGCAUCUAAUAAUCUGGUAUGGUUUGACGAUCUCCUAAUAAAUUUGUGGGAGAAACCAGUAUAUCCCAUUGACAUUUAUGAGGACAACAUGGCUGCUAUCAAUAUAUCGCGGGCUGAUGCAGUGGGCCAGAGGUCUCGCCACAUCGACAUCUACUAUAAACAUGUCAGGCAGUUAACAAGAACGGGUUUCAUUCGGAUAGUUUCCUGCGAGACGAAGGAGCAGAUGGCAGACUUACUCACGAAGCCAUUACCUAGGGAUCAACACCAAUAUCUUUUAGAUAAGAUAUCCAUGACGAUGUAAGAGAAAAUUAUUUACCACUGUGAUGUCUGUGUUCAGGAAUUUGUAUGUCUAUGCAUUUGUAAUCAAUGGCUGCAGAGGAGGGGAUUGUGAGAAGAAAAUCCUCUCAGAAAUCCAUUCUUGCAGGCUUUGUUUUUAUGUGUUCUUUUAUUAAACCAAAUAGUUUCUUAA